AUGAACGCAGCAGCAUCAGCACCCGGAGGCUCAAAGCCCGCUCCACCCAAGUUCAAGCAGAAGGAGACCAGGCAGUUCAAGAGCAAAGCUCCCAAAGCUGGACAGAAGGGAUUCGAUGAUGUCCCAGGGAUGGAUGGCCUUGGAGACGCCGAGGUGGUGUGCCCCUGGGAGGCGUUUGGUGACAUGGAGCUGAGUGAUCUGGCCCAGUUCGGCAUCGUCUAG